UUUAAUCCCUUCGCAUGCCGGACCUUGGACACUUUAGAGAACCGGGUCUUGGGGACCGUGCGGGCCGCCGUCCUUGGCGGCUCUCCGUGUGACCCCGCACACCCGGCUUCCCCUGCUCGCCAGAAGGCUGGCCACCAUGGCGGAGCGCCUCAAGUCUGUGGACUACGAAGUGUUCGGGAGAGUGCAGGGUGUUUCCUUCAGAAUGUACACAGAAGAAGAAGCUAAGAAAACAGGAGUGGUUGGCUGGGUGAAGAAUACAAGCAAAGGCACUGUGACAGGUCAAGUGCAAGGCCCAGAAGCAAAGGUGGAUUCCAUGAAGGCCUGGCUAAGCAAGGUUGGGAGUCCUAGUUCUCGAAUCGACCGGACAGACUUUUCUAAUGAAAAACCCAUCUCUAAACUUGAAUACUCCAAUUUUAGUAUUCGAUACUAAUUGAAGAAAAAUAACAAUUGUAAUGCUUACAUUGCAGAAAAUAAAACAUAUUCUUAAGUUUAUAGUAGUAGAAUUAGAAAUGAGAACUUUCUGUUCUGGAAACCUCAGAAUUAUAUGUUACUAAAAUGUCUAAAACUAAAAAUUUAACCCACCUAUGUUUUUAGCAAGCAGAAACCAAAUAUUACAAAAUAAAAUAUUGUUAUAAAAUAUCUGAUACAAUUAUUCAAGUGAAGCAUUGUCUUAUGGAAUCAUUAAUUUCAGAAAACUUUACAGUAUACAUGUUAUUCUGCUAGAUGUGAAAUAAAGUUAACUAUCUAAAAUUA